CGGUUCCAAAUAGCGCAGCGUGGCGGCUGCCGGCUUCUCCCCUUUGGGGAGGGGAAGUAGGCGAGUACUGUCGGAGGGAGCUACGCACCGGCCCUGGAAAAGCAGCCUGGGUGUUCCGCAGCUUGGAGCGGAAUCAGCAGGGACUCCAGCCGUUAUGCAAAGAAAGCCCAGGAGGGCGAAAGUUAGGGCCGGGAGCGGAGAGCGGCCUCCCAUCAAGAGAGAAGAGUGACUCGGAACCUUCAUCGGCCACGGGAGUUCGCGGGUUUGAUCAAGUUGCGUGAAGGUGGAAGAAAAUGCAAGAACUUGACAAGAUUGAAAUCUUGAAUCCAGAAUGGAUUUGCCAACUCAAAACUGAUGGCCAAAUUCAGAAUGGUACAAAGCAGAAUAAUUCUGAUGGUUGUGUUGAUAACCUUUUUGAAGAAGCUCAGAAAGUUGGGGCCAUAUGCUCAGAGCAAGCUACGGCCGAUACAAUUAUUACAUUAUGGAAAAAUGGGUUUACAAUAAAUGAUGGUGAACUCCGAAGUUACACAGAUGUUGCAAACCGGCGCUUCUUGGAUUCCAUUAAAAAGGGGGAGCUGCCUCUCGAGUUACAGAAGAUCUGUGACAAAGAAGAGGUGGAUGUGAAGGUGGAUGAUAAGAAGGAUGAGUUAUAUACAUCACCGAAGGCAGUAUUUCAUCCUUUCUCUGGAGCAGGGUAUCGAUUGGGAAGUGCUACACCAAGAAUAAUUUCCAAAGUAAAAAAAAAAGGUGAAGAAACUGAAAAGAGAAAACCGACAGUAGUGCUAAAUAAUUCAGAACCUAUCACUAGAAUCCAGAUUUGGUUAGCAGAUGGAGCAAGGAUAGUACAAAACUUCAAUAUUUCUCAUCGAGUAAGCCACAUCAGAGACUUCAUAAUGGACUACCAGAGACAUCAAGGAAAAAGACCUUUCACACUGACUACUUCACUUCCUUUUCAAGAAUUGCUGGAUGAAUCUCUCACACUAGAGGAAGCUAACUUAAAAAAUGCUGUUGUUGUGCAAAGACUUAAAAAUAAUAUUGAGCCUUUCCGAAGUUUCUCUUCUUAGUAUUCUCUACCUAAAAGAAAGAACAGUUGCAGGAAAGGUCUUGGAAAUAUGGAAGACAAGAUCCAUACAAUAGGUCCCUCCCCAGUUGUGAUUCUUUUAAUAUAGAAAUCCGGCUUAGUUGAGUGGUUUUAACUUGAAUCACCACCACUUAGGAAUAGCAAUAAUUCCUGUGUUUUAUAUGACAUCUCCAAUGCUGCUUUGAAAAGGCAUGCAAUGUAUGCUGAACUAAAGCCACCCCAAAGUUGUUUUCUAUAUUUUUGUUUGUUUGUUUGCUUGCUUGUUUUAAAUAGCUUGGCAGAAAGUAAUAGAGACAAUCCUACUGAUCUUGAACAUUUCCGUAAGUUUGAAGUUGAACAAAUUUUGAAAGCACAA